GUUCCGGUAACCUAGGCAACCAUGGCGGCGCAUCUGUAGACUCCACCUACCCCACCCCUGACCAAUUGACAAUGGUUGUGAGGCUGGUUUCUGUUCCCGCAAGCCUGGGCUUUGUAUCCCUCCACAUACAUGCUGCCACUGAGGAUUCUACAAGCCCCAGAAAGAUAAUAAAAGUUGAAGAGCUUUCCCUGUAUUCGACUCCUGUGCAAGAAGCCAAAUAUGUUGAAGACAAACAGACACAGCUAGAAGAGGGUGUUUCGUGGGUGAGACAGGCUGUAGCACCAUAUACAAGCUGGUGCCAGGAUGCCUACAUCAAAGCCAAACCCAAAUUUGAGACUGCUGUAGAACAUUCAAAAGGGACAUAUGAAUUUCUAAAAGAUGCACCUCCAGGUUUCUACCCAAGGCUGGGCUUGAUUGGAUUUGCUGGAAUUGUUGGCCUGUUCCUCGCUAGAGGUUCAAGAGUAAAAAAAGUGAUAUAUCCACUUGGUUUUAUGGGUCUUGGAGCCUCGCUUUAUUAUCCCCAGCAAGCUGUUACUAUUGCAAAGGAUACCAGCGCAGUUAUGUAUGACUGGGGCCUACAAGGGGUUGUAACGUUGGAAUCUCUAUUUAAAGACAGUGGGAAAAAAAAGAAGGGAAGAAAAGAGGAAAAGCCUGAAGAGGCAUCGGAACCAUCAUUAAAAAGUGACAUAGUCUCAACAAAAGAAACACCUGAAAAGGGAAGCACAUCUGAAGGCUCCAGUUAACAAGGAGUGAAUAUGAAGAUGAGUACAGUGCAACUCAGGAAAGCAGAACCCACACCGGUGCAUUAAUGUGAUGGCAGAUUGUUAAUUUAUACUCUAUCAAAAGCCAUUGGUUUGUGUACAGACUGCGUAUCACAGUAAUAAACACUCAUGUGUAUAACCAGCA